AUGUUAGAAGCAAUCUUAGUCAAAUUCAGCGAUGUAUUUUUCUUUUGUGUACUAUAUUCAGGAGCUGAUUUAAUCGCAGGUGAUGGUAUUUACUCAGCUUAUUUCCUUGAUUUCUCAUCGAAUGGACGAUAUGGCGUCAAGGUAGAUGUAAACGGAAACACCGCCACAUCGUCAGACAAUACUCUGCGAUUAAAACGAGAUGUGGAAACACUAACCACUCCCGCCCCGUCGCUUUUGUUCCAGCGAACGACUACAGCGGGCGUCUUUCAAGUCGAAAACUACUCUCCUGAUCUGUCUUUUGACAUCCUCGCACCAUCUAAGAUCACUGAUAUCACUAGCAGAGAGAGAACAUACGAUGAGAAUAGAAAUGUGACAUUGACGUGGUCGGCUGUAGGGGAUGAUUUAGACCAAGGAACAGCUGCCUACUACGAGCUCCGUUUCUCAGAUAGCUUCACCCAAAUCCGAACCAACUUUACAUCCGCUCCUGCUGUUAACGAUACCGAUCUCAUACUUGGUAACCUCUCCCGAGUCGCUUCAUCUGGUACUCUCGAGUCCAUCACUAUUCUUCUGCCUGGUGAGGACUCAAACGCUAUCUUUUCAUUCAUGAUAAGAGCCUGGGAUGAGGCUGGCAACGCAGGUCCUUUAUCGAACAUUGUAUCUGUCUCAAGACGUUCCCUACCCCCGACUACCAUGCCGACUACCAUGCUGACUACCAUGCCGACUACCAUUCUGAACUCGACAUUGGAACCCCCAUCCACGCAAUCACCUGGAGUAGCACUACCAACAUGGGCUAUCAUUUCAUUAUGCUGCGUCGCACUCCUCAUCGUACUCGCUGUUUCUAUUAUAUUCAGUGUAAUCUGUGGGCGUCGCGCACCUAAGAAUGCAAGGAGGUCGGAUAAUGAUCACACUAAUGCUGCUUAUGUGUCUGAUGAACCGUAGCAUACAAAAUGUAGAUGAGUUAAAGGAGCUACACAAAGAAAAU